AUGACGGCAAAUCAUCCCCGUCACUCACAGCGGUCCAGUUCAACCGCUGUUACUUCAUCCUCGAAUGUCGUCGGUGUUCAUUAUCGAGUCGGUCGUAAGAUUGGUGAAGGCAGCUUUGGCAUUAUUUAUGAAGGCACCAACCUCUUAAACAACCAACAAGUGGCUAUCAAGUUUGAACCACGGAAAUCAGAUGCGCCUCAAUUACGUGAUGAAUAUCGAACAUACAAGAUACUUGCUGGGUUGACCGGUAUACCCACUGCAUAUUAUUUCGGUCAAGAGGGUCUCCAUAACAUCCUAGUAAUAGACAUGCUAGGUCCCAGCUUAGAGGAUCUAUUCGAUAUGUGCAGUCGACGCUUCAGUGUAAAAACGGUGGCCAUGCUCGCAAAACAGAUGAUUACACGCGUUCAAAGCAUACAUGAGAAGAAUCUGAUCUACAGGGACAUCAAGCCAGACAAUUUUCUGAUUGGACGACCUGGCACCAAACACGCGAACACGAUUUACAUGAUCGAUUUUGGUAUGGCAAAGCAGUACCGCGACCCAAAGACAAAGCAACACAUUCCCUACCGUGAACGCAAGAGUCUGUCGGGCACAGCACGCUAUAUGAGUAUAAAUACCCAUCUGGGAAGAGAACAAUCACGACGGGAUGAUCUCGAAUCCCUGGGACAUGUUUUCAUGUAUUUUUUACGGGGCGCCUUACCUUGGCAAGGAUUAAAAGCAGCAACAAAUAAACAAAAAUACGAAAAGAUUGGUGAAAAGAAGCAGUCCACAGCUGUCAAGGAUCUGUGUGAAGGAUACCCAGAGGAAUUUGGAAUGUACUUGCAGUACUCUCGGAAACUCGGCUUUGAAGAAACACCUGACUAUGAUUUCUUGCGUGAUCUGUUCAACCGUGUUCUCAAGACAAUAGGUGAAACUGACGACGGUGUAUACGAUUGGAUGCUAUUGAAUAAUGGCAAGGGAUGGGAGGUAAGAUCAAUUUCACUGUGGAGAAAUAUCUGA